AUGUCUGCUGCUCAAACUGAAGAGGCUCUCCAAAAUCUGUCUGUGAAAGAACAGAACAUUACGCCAUGGGAUGUUGAAGGUGCUGUUGACGAAAACGGUCAGUCCCAAGACAUCGACUAUGACAAGCUAAUCAAGCAGUUUGGUACCAAAGCAGUUUCGGACGAAACUUUGCAGAGAUUUGAACAGGUCACUGGCCACAAACCUCAUCACUUUCUUCGUAAAGGUCUUUUCUUCAGUGAGAGAGACUUCUCGAAGAUUUUAGAUCUUUACGAACAAGGCAAGCCAUUUUUUCUCUAUACUGGUAGAGGACCUUCUUCAGACUCGAUGCAUUUGGGACACAUGAUUCCUUUCCUCUUUACCAAAUGGCUGCAGGACGUUUUCGACGUUCCUCUGGUCAUCGAAAUGACGGACGACGAGAAAUUUCUGUUCAAACAGAAACUGACUAUCGAUGACGUUAAAGGAUUUGCCCGUCAAAACGCCAGCGAUAUCAUCUCUGUGGGGUUCAAUCCAGAAAACACUUUUAUCUUCUCAGAUCUACAAUACAUGGGUGGUGGAUUCUACGAGACGGUGGUAAGAGCCUCCAGGCAGAUCACUGGGUCAACUGCUAAGGCAGUUUUUGGAUUUACCGAUUCGGACUGUAUUGGAAAAUUCCAUUUUGCCUCUAUCCAAAUCGCUUCUGCGUUCCCAUCGUCGUAUCCUGACGUCUUGGGACUACCUAACAAGACUCCUUGUUUGAUUCCCUGCGCAAUUGACCAGGACCCAUACUUUAGAGUUUGCAGAGAUGUGGCAGAGAAGCUCAAGUUCAGCAAACCCUCUUUGUUGCAUGCCAAGUUCUUCCCAGCUUUGCAGGGCUCUAGCACCAAGAUGAGUGCCUCGGACGACACAACUGCGAUUUUCAUGACGGACACGCCCAAGCAGAUCCAGAAAAAGAUUAACAAGUAUGCGUUUUCCGGCGGACAGGUGUCGAUGGAAGACCAUAGAAGGCUAGGAGGUAAUCCCGAUGUUGACGUCGCGUUCCAGUAUUUGAGCUUUUUCAAAGAUGACGACGCCUUUUUGAAGGAAGUUAGCGACAAAUACAGAUCUGGUGAGCUACUAUCUGGUGAAAUGAAGAAGCUAUGUAUUGACGUGCUGCAAGAAUUUGUGCUUCAAUUCCAAGAGCGCAAAGCCAAGGUCGAUGAUCAACUUGUGCAGCAGUUCAUGAAGCCUCACAAGUUGGUGUGGGGCCAGAAGGAGAGACUUGUUCCUGUGAAGCCCAAGGAGAAGAAGUGA